UAAUGGGAAUGAGGUGCCAAUGCACACUUUUACUUUUUGCAAGUGUCCAACUCCACCUCCUUCUUUUAUCUUCAAAACACUAUGGCGAUUCCUUACCUAUUGGAGACCUGAUUCCUCUUUUCUUGUAUAAAUUCCCUUAAAUUAAGUUGCGUUUCAAUUAGAAAUCACAUAUUCUAUCGCGUUUUUUGUGGAAUUGUUUCUAGAUAUGGAAGAUGAAUAUGCAAAACUUAUCAGGAGGAUGAAUCCACCAAGAGUUACAAUCGACAACAACUCUUCUCCGGAUGCAACAGUUAUCCAGGUCGAAAGUGUUAAUAAGCAUGGUAUUCUACUCGAAGUUGUCCAAGUUCUUUCAGAUUUAGAUCUCGUCAUCACAAAAGCCUACAUCUCAUCAGAUGGAGGAUGGUUCAUGGAUGUUUUCAAUGUUAUUAACCCUGACGGAAGCAAAAUUAAAGAUGAAGGUGUUGUCAACUACAUAAAAAAGGUGCUUGAAAGUGAUGCUUUUUAUGUCCCUUCAUUAACUGGUUCAGUUGGAUUAAAGCCUUCUGAAGAUUACACAGUAAUAGAACUAGCUGGAAUAGACAGACCUGGACUAUUAUCAGAAGUAUCUGCAGUUCUCACAAAUCUUGGAUGUAAUGUAGUCAAUGCUGAAAUAUGGACUCACAAUGCAAGAGCUGCAGCUGUUGUACAUGUCACAGAUGAGAAAACAAAAACUGCAGUUGAAGAUCCUAAAAGACUCUCAACUAUUAAGAAACUUCUGUGUAAUGUUCUUAAGGGGAACAAUGACUUGAAGACUGGUAAAAUGACGCUUUCGACCCCGGGGUUUACGCAUAGGGAGAGAAGAUUGCAUCAGAUUAUGUUUGCUGAGAGGGAUUAUGAGAAUGUUGGAAGGGUAGAACAGGAAGAAAAGGAGAAUAGAUGGAGGCCACAGGUUAGUGUGUUGGAUUGUGCUGAGAAGGAUUACACGGUUAUUACUAUGAGGUGUAGGGAUCGACCAAAGCUUUUGUUUGAUAUAAUCUGCACGUUGACUGAUAUGCAAUAUGUUGUGUUUCAUGGAGUAGUUCAUACAGGGAAAAUGGAGGCUUAUCAGGAAUAUUAUAUUAGACACAUUGAUGGAAGCCCAGUAAGCUCAGAAGCAGAGCGAGAGCGUGUUAUGCAAUGUCUCGAAGCUGCAAUCGAGAGGAGGACUUCUACUUCUGAGGCGCUAGAGCUAGAACUACACACAGCAGAUCGUAUUGGGCUUCUAUCCGAUAUAACAAGGAUAUUUAGGGAAAACAGUUUAUGUAUAAAAAGAGCCGAAAUUUCAACAACCCAAGGUGGAAAAGUCAAAGACAUAUUUUACGUUACAGACAUGACCGGAAAUACCCCUGUUGACCAAAAAACCAUUGAUUCAAUUCAAAAACAAAUCGGUCAACAAGCGUCACUCCAUGUUAGAUGGAACUCUAACCAAUCACCCGAACCACCACCCGAAGAAACACGAAUGAGCUUUCUCUUUGGAAAUCUCUUCAAAACCCGACCAUUUCACACUCUUAAAUUGGCCUAAUCAUAGUGACUGGAAACACUGUACAUUUUAGGGUUUCCAGCUGAUAUUAUAUGAUAUGAUAUGAUAUGAUAUGAAUAUCAUACCACACAAAGUAGAAAGAAAAGAUAGAUACAAAGUAGCGUAUGAAGGGAUCGGAGGACCUUGUAAAUAGAUAGCUGUCCUCUCUUUCUUCCCUUAUAUAAGUUGUUGAUAUUGUAAAUAAUAAGGUAAACAAAUGGUGAUCUAUUACUGUGUACAUAGAUAGAUAUCAUCAUGAUUAUAUGUAUAUGGUAUAUUGUAAAGAGUGUGGUUUGUAUAUACAAGUCUACUCUUUAUUUAUUUA